AUGAAAAGAUUCUUGAACAGGAGUUCAAAUCCAUUUUCAAAGUACAUAAAAACCCUCACUGCUUCGAAGGGAAAGGAAGAGUAUUUCAACUUGCCAGCUCUCCAAGACUCUAGAUAUGAAGAGCUGCCAUAUUCAAUUAGAGUUUUACUUGAAUCAGCUGUUAGAAACUGUGACAACUUCUCAGUCAAGGAAGGAGAUGUUGAAAAGAUUCUCAACUGGGAGAAGACAUCAGAGCAAGGAGUAGAGAUCCCAUUCCACCCAGCAAGAGUUGUACUCCAAGAUUUCACUGGUGUUCCUGCCUGUGUAGAUCUUGCAGCUAUGAGAGAUGCAAUCAAGAAUAUGGGAGGAGAUCCUGAAAAGAUCAAUCCUCUCAAGCAAGUCGAUCUUGUCAUCGAUCACUCAGUCCAAGUCGAUGUCUUUGGCUCUGACGAUGCUAGAACUAGAAAUGAACAGAUUGAGUUCAACAGAAACAGAGAAAGAUUCCAGUUCUUGAAGUGGGGGCAGAAGGCAUUUGAGAACUUCAGUAUUGUUCCACCAGGAAGUGGAAUAGUUCAUCAAGUAAAUCUUGAAUAUCUAGCAAGUGUUGUCUAUAACAGAGGUGAAAUGCCAUGCCCAGAUUCUGUUGUUGGUACUGACUCCCACACUACUAUGAUCAAUGGACUUGGUGUCCUUGGAUGGGGAGUAGGAGGAAUUGAAGCUGAAGCAGUCAUGCUUGGUCAACCAAUUUCAAUGGUUCUCCCUGAAGUCGUUGGAUUUGAAUUGACUGGAGAUCUUUCACCUGAAACCACUGCAACUGAUUUGGUAUUGACUGUUGUCCAAAUGCUCAGACAAAGAGGUGUAGUAGGAAAGUUCGUUGAAUUCUAUGGAGAUGGUGUUGCUAAUCUCACCAUUGCAGAUAGAGCUACUAUUGGAAACAUGGCCCCAGAGUACGGUGCUACUUGUGGAUUCUUCUCUGUUGAUGAUCAAACUAUCAAUUACAUGAAACUCUCUGGAAGAGAUGAAGAUCAUGUCAACAUGACUCAAGAAUAUUUAAAACAAAACGGACUCUACAGAGAUUAUCUCAACGAAAAGACUCCUAAGUAUAGUGGAGAGUUGAUGCAUUUGGAUCUGUCUUCUGUUGAACCAAGUCUUUCUGGGCCAAAGAGACCACACGAUAGAGUUAGGAUGUCAACAUUGAAGAAAGAAUUUAAAGAAGCCCUUACUAGUGAAGUUGGAUUCCAUGGAUAUGGACUAGAUGAAAAGCAAGCGAAAGCUACUGCUAAGCUAAACAUCAAGGGAGAAGAAUUUGAAUUAAAGCAUGGAUCUGUAGUUAUCUCUGCAAUUACUUCUUGUACAAACACAUCUAAUCCAGGCGUCAUGAUUGCUGCAGGAAUGAUAGCUAAGAACGCUGUUAAAAAGGGAUUAAGAGUAAAACCAUACGUUAAAACUUCAUUGUCUCCAGGAUCUGAAGUUGUCUCAUUUUAUUACCAAGAAGCUGGACUUCAAGAGUACCUUGAUCAACUUGGCUACACUACUGCUGGGUAUGGAUGCAUGACUUGUAUUGGAAACUCAGGAGAACUUCCCACAGAAGUGCAUGAAGCUAUUGAAAAUAGUGAUGUCGUUGCAGCAGCAGUUCUUUCAGGAAACAGAAACUUCGAAGGAAGAGUCCACCCACUCACCCAAGCUAAUUACUUAGCAUCACCUCCUCUUUGUGUUGCUUAUGCUCUAGCUGGAACUGUUGAUAUUGAUUUUGCCAAUGAGCCAAUUGGUCAAGAUCAAGAUGGAAAUGAUGUUUAUCUCAGAGAUAUCUGGCCAACAAGACAAGAAAUUGGGGAAGUAGUCAACAAGUCUGUAAAAUCUGAACACUUCAAGAAGAACUAUGCUAAUAUUACUAAAGGAAAUAAAGACUGGCAAAGCUUAUCUGCAGGAUCAGGAAAACUCUAUGACUGGGAUGAUUCAACUUAUAUUCACAAUCCUCCAUUCUUCGCAGGGAUGGGUGUGAAACCGGAUCCAGUUCAAGAUAUUGAAGAAGCAUACUGCCUUCUCAAUCUGGGAGACUCUAUCACAACAGACCAUAUUUCUCCAGCUGGAAAGAUUGCUAGAGACUCACCAGCAGCCAGAUAUCUCCAAGAGAAGGGAGUGUCUGAGAGAGAUUUCAAUACUUAUGGAAGUAGAAGAGGAAACGAUGAAAUCAUGGCCAGAGGAACCUUUGCUAAUAUCAGACUUAUCAACAAGAUGGCCUCUAAAGUAGGCCCUCUUGCUGUCAAUGUCAACACUAAUGAAGAGAAGGCAGUAUUCGAUGUUGCUGAAGAUUAUCAAAAAGAAGGAAAACCAAUGAUUAUUCUUGCUGGAAAAGAAUACGGUUCAGGAUCAUCAAGAGAUUGGGCAGCUAAAGGACCAUAUCUACAAGGUGUUAAGGCUGUUAUUGCCGAGAGCUUUGAGAGAAUCCAUAGAAGCAACUUAGUUGGAAUGGGAAUUCUUCCUCUUCAAUUUGCUGAAGGAGAAAGCGCAGAGACCCUUGGGCUUGAUGGUACUGAAAGAUUCAAUAUCGAACUCAACAAAGGAGACUUACCAUUAAGAGGAGAAAUUGAUGUCACCACAAAUACAGGCAAGACAUUUAAGGCUAUUGUAAGAAUUGACACAGAACCAGAGAAAGAGUACUUCAAAAAUGGCGGUAUCCUUCAUUACAUGAUUAGAUCUCUUAAUGAUCAGUAA